CGUUCACCCAGGACAGGAGGGCGCGCGGGACAUCAGCACACCGGCCGGGUCAAGAAGCUGCAAGGAUGGAGAUUCGACCAGACAGGUUUAAGGCAGUCGCGGGCAAAACUCUGGGGAAAAUUCACAGGCUAAUUGAGAAGCGGCAGCCCAAUGGAGAAACCAUUGAGUUAUCAGCGGAGGGCCGUCCUGAGCUGGUGGAGGAGAAGGAGAUGCCGGUGGUGGACUGUACCUGCUUUGGCUUGCCGAGACGGUACAUCAUCGCCAUCCUGUCUGGCCUGGGAUUCUGCAUCUCUUUUGGCAUCCGGUGUAACCUGGGUGUUGCCAUUGUUAGCAUGGUCAAUGACCACACUGUCUACAAAGGCAACAAGGAAGUACUUGUGGCUGCGCAGUUCACCUGGGACCCUGAGACAGUGGGGAUGAUCCACGGCUCCUUCUUCUGGGGCUACAUCGUCACACAGAUCCCCGGGGGCUUUAUAUGUCGGAAAUUUGCAGCCAACAGAGUGUUUGGCUUUGCCAUCGUGGCCACAUCCACCCUCAACAUGCUGAUUCCAUCUGCAGCUCGCUGCCACUACAGCUGCGUCAUACUGGUCAGGAUAUGCCAGGGCCUUGUUGAGGGUGUAUCAUACCCAGCCUGCCACGGAAUCUGGGCCAAGUGGGCGCCUCCUCUUGAGAGAAGUCGAUUAGCCACAACAGCCUUUUGUGGAUCCUAUGCAGGGGCGGUGGUGGCCAUGCCUUUAGCUGGGAUACUGGUGCAAUACAUUGGGUGGCCUUCAGUAUUCUAUGUCUAUGGCAGCUUUGGGAUAUUCUGGUAUAUGUUCUGGAUUCUGGUGUCAUAUGAGAGUCCCGCAGCCCAUCCCACCAUCACACCAGAGGAGAGGAAGUACAUUGAGGAUGCAAUCGGAGAGUCUGCGUCAUUUCUUAAUCCACUCCAUAAAUUUAAAACCCCAUGGAGACACUUCUUCACCUCCAUGCCAGUCUACGCCAUCAUCGUGGCCAACUUCUGCAGGAGCUGGACCUUCUAUCUGCUGCUCAUCAGCCAACCGGCCUACUUUGAAGAAGUCUUUGGCUUUGAGAUCAGCAAGGUGGGCAUGGUGUCAGCUUUGCCCCAUCUGGUGAUGACAAUCAUCGUGCCUAUUGGAGGCCAGUUGGCAGACUACCUGAGGACCCACAACCUGAUGUCCACCACAAACGUCAGGAAGCUCAUGAACUGCGGAGGUUUUGGAAUGGAGGCCACCCUCCUGCUGGUGGUGGGUUACUCUCACUCAAAAGGUGUUGCCAUUUCCUUCCUGGUCCUCGCUGUGGGUUUCAGUGGAUUUGCUAUCUCAGGGUUUAAUGUCAAUCACUUAGACAUCGCCCCUCGAUAUGCCAGCAUAUUGAUGGGAAUCUCAAACGGGGUGGGAACGUUAUCAGGGAUGGUGUGUCCUCUCAUAGUGGGAGCCAUGACCAAACACAAGACACGUGAUGAGUGGCAGUAUGUCUUCCUUAUAGCUUCCCUCGUUCAUUAUGGAGGAGUGAUUUUCUAUGGAAUCUUUGCAUCAGGGGAAAAGCAGUCUUGGGCGGACAUUGAGGACACCAGCGAGGAGAAGUGCGGUAUCAUCGGUGAGGAUGAACUGGCCAAUGAGACAGAAGAGCUCUACCGCGGAGGCGGGCAGUACGGGGCCAUGAGCCAGCCAGUUGUUGGUUCUAACGGAGGAGGUGCCGGAGGAGGGGGAGCCGGGCCGGGAUGGGUGUCGGACUGGGAUAAGUCUGAGGAGUAUGUGCAGCCGCCUGGAUACAACUCUUAUAUGUAUGGGGGAGAAGAGGAGAGGGAGUUGACAUAGAAGAUUGACGUGAUGCAAGUUAAAGAAAAGAGGAAGAUUGUUUUUGGAAAGGGAUUAUAAGAGAGCUGUACUGCUAUAGUGAAAGGACCUGCUGUGUGCUUUUGUACAGUAUUUACAAUUGCACACAUCAAAAGUAUGGAUCUGAUUCAUUUCAUUGUCCGGGCUUGUGUUUGUGUGUGUGUGUGUGUGUGUGUGUGUGUGUGUGUGUGUGUGUGUGUGUGUGUGUGUGUUUGUGUCUGUGUGUGGGUGAUGAGCUUUUUGCCUGUACAGCAACUCUCUCAAGCCACUAGCAUUGUGUUGUAUUUAAAUUUGCCACACAUUUACUUUUUUUGCUGGAAAACGUUUGAGCUUCCAACACUGUCCAAAUGACGAAACACAAAACGUGACGUCACUACUGUACACUGCUCACACUCGUUCUGUCUCGUCUACAUUACUCUCAAGUCUCUCUCCGACAAAACAAUAAAUCAUAUUGAUCGUAUGAUGAAUUCAGUACACAAACUAAAAGCAAUCUUAUCCAGACACUGGUGACGCAUCCAGUUAAUUUUCAUUUGCCACUGAAACAUCAUGUUUCCAAAGCAUGCAUACUUAAAGUGUACUUGCAUGUGGUACUUAACAUGGAUUCAUUCAUGUGCUAAGAAUCGGUCAUGUUUUAAACUAUUCAAAGAGGUGGGGAAAGGUGCUUAGGUGUUGUAUCAGUUUGUUUGUGUGUGGAAAGUAGCUGUAAAGCUUUUAAGCUUUUGUAACAACAGGCUCCCUUUUACGUGUGUGUGUGUGUGUGUGUGUGUGUGUGUGUGUGUGUGUGUGUACAUUUGAACGUGCAAAUGUGCAUGUUUGAGUUUGUGCACAAAGCUGCAUGUAGUGUCUAUCUGAAUCUCACCUGGGUCUGACCUAACUAGGUCACGUCCAGUCAGGCUCAUGGGUGACAUGAGUAAUCACCUGACAUUUGUGACUUUCCAUUUGGUGUUUAUGCUCCCAUUAGAGAGGUGGCCCAGAAUGACAAGUAGAGUGUAAUAGUUGCUUAACUGAUCCACUGCUUAAUCAGUGUGGAACAAUAUCAUAUUGUUCCUGGGCAUUGCAGCACGUGUUGCCCCUGUUUUUGCCUUUUUCUGUCUCUGUGGCUGCCUCUUCCCACCUGUAUCACACAGGAUGUUCUCCGUCUUCUCCUCUCUGUUGGUUCUGUUUCCACGUUUUUAGUACCUCAGUGUCAGACAUGUUUGAGUUGGUGGGUCAGAGCUUUUCAGAUAGUCUGUGUGUGUGUGUGUGUGUGUGUGUGUGUGUGUGUGUGUGUGUGUGUGUGUGUGUGUGUGUGUGUGUGUGUGUGUGUGUGUUGUUGUGUUGGGUGCAGGUGGUGAAAAAUUGUGCGGUGAGCAUGAUUUAAUGGGCACAGCAGUGCAGUACUCCGCCAUCCCUCUCUUCCUUUUACACACAAACACACACAGCUAAUUUCAUGCAAGUACAGUCAAGUGCACCAUGCACAGUGUGCAGCGGGAGUGGUGGCACACUAUUUGGUAUCUACAUGGCGGUAGAUGUGAAGGUUUGGUAACAAUCAUGGCCAAUCACAUCCGCUCCUCUCAUGCCCUUAAGAAGCAGCACCCUCUCCAUCUUGCCGCACUGACAGCUGGGUGCGGGAGUGGAGAGUCCAGAGGUGCUUCUCCUGAGAGCACGCUGCCAUUCUCAUACAGGAGUGGAAGUGUCGUAUUGUACAAGCUGCACAGUUCAACUCUUUGCACCUGCAGAUGCAGCAGAUAAAGCCAUGCACACACACACAAACACAACUUUAUGCGUGUACUCACAGGUAAAGCCAACAGUCAUUUUUUAAUGCAUUUGCAGACAGCUCUUUUUAAGAUCAAGAAUCGAAUUAUCUUUUGCUGAUUCAGGGUUUGUGGUUAGAGCUCAUCUUUAUGAGAGAAAAAUACAUUUCUGGAAUGUUAAAAAAAUAACGUAUUUGAUUUAAAUGAGGGUGUAAUGGUAAAAUGUGUUGGUAUGUCUAUGAAUUAUUUUAAAAAGUGAUUAAAGCAAAUUACCAUUUUGUUUAGAGCGAGACGUCCAAAAGACACGAAUGAGUAUUCCUGUGAACAAUUUUAUUUUUAAGUGUUGUAUCAGUGUAUUUAAUCAAGUUUCUCUUUGUCUCAGUUUAUGGCUGUUCCAAUGUCGUCCUCCUCCUUUUUGAUGAAAUGUGUGGUGGUGGUGGGAAUCAGUGUGAAAAAAAAGAAAAGGAAAUUGUCUUAUGUAAACAUGCAAAAAUGUGGAACAUAUUCUAUGUAUAAAAGAUGUAUAUGUGAGAUAUCCUUGUGUAUAAUAAAAUUUAAGCAAUUUAA